AUGGCCUCGGUAUCUCCGACCAGCGCCUCGACUAGCAUGCCUAUCAACGGCAGUGCGUCGCCAAGGCAAAGCGCUACUCCGAAGAAUGUCGCAUUUGAGCUGCUCUUCACAGAUUCACCCCAAUACCGCGCGCGCCUCCCCAUGCGUGUUCAAAUAUAUCCCCAUGAUACUACAGAUUCCAUUGUCACAACGGUGAAGAAUUUUUAUGGCUUAUACUCAAGCCCUACAAGCUCCAAGGGGGUCAGCUUCGAAGAUGAGCAAGGCAACACCCUCAUCGCCAGACAUGAGAACUUCCGGAACAACAUGAUUGUCUAUGUCAGAGUCAUUGAAGAACCAGCCCAGCCCUCUGCACCGCCUUCGGCUUCUUUUGGGACUGCUCCUUACCAACCUGCCCCGAGCGGAAAUGCUAGCGGUCGCCGCAGUGCUUCAGCGAGUGCGAACCCUAUCGCUGGGAAGCCCGCCCGCCCUCGCCCCUCGAAAUCACGCAACGCCGGUAGCCAAAAUGGUGCCGAUGGCUAUGACAGCCCUACCGGCUAUAGUAGCGGCGACGGUGCCCCCGGAUCCUCCUCUGGCAAAGCCAAGGAUCAAAUUGGAAACACCGAAAUCAGCGUCGAGAACAUUGUUGAAGGAGGCCGCCGCAAACGGGCCAAGUUUGAGAGCUCGGAACUUCCGCUCUUUGCACCCCGCAAAUGCCAGCGGCAACCUCUAACCCAUCCGUAUCGCCGGCGCGGCGAUUUGAUCAACACCGCUCUUCUCUUUCAUAUGCCCCGGGCGCCUCGAACCCUUUCUCUAACCCACGAGCUCUACAAUCUCCCCAAAGUUAUCCUAGCGGCUAUGGCCAAGCCCUAUAUACCACUCCCGAUGGGCACCGUUCUCGCUGUAGCAUAG